CUGCCGGCUGGAGCCAUGGGGAACCAGCUGACCGACAUGGCCCCCAACACGUCCUUCCUGCCGGGCUUCCAGAGCCUGCACGUGGUGGUGAUCGGCCUGGACUCGGCCGGGAAGACCUCCCUGCUCUACAGGCUCAAGCUGAAGGAGUUUGUGAAGACCAUCCCCACCAAGGGCUUCAACAUGGAGAAGAUCAAGGUGCCGGUGGGCGCGUCCCGGGCCAUAAACUUCCAGGUGUGGGACGUGGGCGGUCAGGAGAAGCUGCGCCCGCUGUGGAAGUCGUACACGCGGCGGACGGACGGCAUCGUGUUCGUGGUGGACUCGGCCGAGCCGGAGCGCAUGGAGGAGGCCCGGGUGGAGCUGCACAAGAUCACGCGCACCUCGGAGAACCAGGGCGUGCCCGUGCUGAUCCUGGCCAACAAGCAGGACCUGGGCGCCGCCGCCUCGGCCGCCGAGGUGGAGAAGCUGCUGGCCGCGCACGAGCUGAGCGCGGGCACGCUGCGCCACGUGCAGAGCUGCAGCGCCGUGGACGGCCAGGGCCUGCAGCCCGGCCUGGAGAAGCUCUACGACAUGAUCCUCAAGAGGAAGAAGAUGGUGAAGCACAACCGGAUCAGGAAGAGAUGA